GGAGACGCUACCUUCUAGCUUCCAUUCCUUCCAAGAAAAAGACUUGAGAUGAUACAUGUCUCAAGGACACUGGAGUUCUCCAACUGUGGAAAUAUUAACUCAGUCUCGCAUGCAUCCUCUGAUCAAGACCUGGGCUCUGUGGGUAGAACCAGGCAAAGGUCUCACUCCUACUACAACCCAGAUGACAUUAAGAACUAUGGUGUGCAGACUCAGAAAGAAGAAAGCGGUCUAAGACCUCGCUCCAAGUCGUUUUACAGUUAUGAGACAUCAGAGCAGAACUUUGAGAAUGACGUGGGAAACUUCUCAAGGUCCAAUCCAUUGAGGCAGAGGACAAGCUCUCUACACAAGCAUCAAGUAAUCAAUAAGGAGAGAAAAGAAGGGGAAGGAGGUGACUGUGGUGUUACUGCUAAACAAAACAAGUCCAAGUCAAAACCAAAGAAACAUUCAUCCUUGAGAGACUCUAAUGGCGGUAAAACAAAUCACAAGUCAGUGGCCAUGAUGACCAUCUCUGAAUCUGAUAACUGGGAGAUUAUUUCCAACUCUGGGAUGAAGUAUGGACAGUUUGUGGACUGGGAGAAGAUUGAUCCUGAAGCCGCAAAUAAAUACCAGCAGAUCCUGGAGAGCAAGCGCCACCAACUGAAGAAUAUGGGCCGAGAAGGAUUCUGGGCCCUGCCGCACACACUGAGGGCCAAAGCUUACUAUCACAUCAUCCACAGCAUCAAUACCAGCAGGUCAGUCUCCCCAGAAAGAGACCUCUACUAUGAACUGGCUAAGAAGUUAUUCGGAGAACAGAAAAUCAGCAACCACCCAGUCCCAGAGUACAUGGAGGCCGGAGAAAUACCCAGAUACUGCCUCAACAAAGCAGGUCUAAAUUCUGUCAAAAAGAUUCUUCUUUGCCUUGGAAAAUGCUUCCCUGACAUGAACUACUGCCCCAUCCUUCCUGCCUUGGUUUCGCUCAUCCUCCACUUCAGCGAGGACGAGGCCGAGUGUUUCUACAGUGUGUCCCGACUCAUCAGUUACAAUGACCCCAACAAGCGUUACAUUGACCAGACGUUCCUCACGUACCGUGCUUCCUGCAUGACCUUUGGAGACCUUGCCAACAGGUGCUGCAAAGGCAUCCGCAAGCUGAUUGCCAGCUCUCACCAGAACCUUUUUGAGUUUUACUCUGACUGGAUCAUGUGGAUAUUUGCCGACCUUCCUUUCACAUACGCCAUCAGAGUUCUGGAUGUCUACCUAUUGGAAGGCUACAAGGUCCUCUACAGGGUGGCACUGGCUCUCCUCGGUCUCUACAAAGUGUCCGUGUCAUCCAGAGUGGCUGAUGUGGAGGACUUCAGAACAGAUAUGAAAAGUUUUGUGCAAACUGUAGCUCGCCACUGCACUGCUGAGAAUCUCCUGGAAAGAGCCUUUAUGAUUCCAAUGGCCACACGGAGAGAGCUCAACCUCUUGUUCAAUGCCAACAAGGACUCUCUCAUGCAAAAAGGUGUCAGCAUACACCAGAAGAGGCAGGUGGUGGAGACAGUGGACUUCAGCAACCUCAACUCCAGUGUGGUAACAGCCACUGAGAUGAGAGUCGUCUGGGCCUGGAUACCAGAGCGCUUUGCCCUUUUCAGUCCAAUUAAGUUGUUCAGUGCAGUGGAACAUGGACAAAGCCUUGCCUCAUUCUAUUCACACGUGGAGGGACAUGAACCAGCCGUCUUGAUUAUUAAAACAAUGGAUGAAGAGGUGUUUGGUGCCUUCCUGUCAACAGACCUGAUAGAAAGAAGAAAGCAUGACUCUAAUGGAUUUACAUAUUUUGGAACUGGCGAGUGUUUUGUUUUUACGCUCCGUCCUAGCAUGGAGCGCUACCAGCAGGCUAUGACAAACAUCAUGACCCAAAGAGCUGCUCCACAGAAGACUGGAGAUGUGUCAGAUAGUGGCAGUUCCCCCAUUACAGCUCUGACCUGUCCUGCUGGAACGCCCCAGAAUCCUAGCUACCUGACAAUCCCCUUCACUGUACCAACGGAAGAACCCAUGUCUGCCAAAGAGCCCAAGAGACAAAAGGAACAAGAGGCAUCCAUGUUCAUAGCAGGCAAUGACAGCCGGCUCAUUAUUGGUGGUGAUGGGGGCCAUGCUCUCUGCCUGCAUGAGGACCUGGAUGGAGGAUACACAGAGACAUGUAAUACAUUCAAGAGCGCCCCACUCUGUAAGGGACAUUUCAAGAUCCUGUCCUUGGAAGUGUGGGGCAUUCAAAACUCCAUUUCUUUUUCUCACUGUUUUCCCUCUCAGUGAAACCAGUCUUUUAUGCUAUUUAAGUGGACAUGAUUUUUAUGUAUCUUCCAUAUAUUUAUUUUGUGAAAUGUAGAUUCAUACAAAUAUUGUAAAGUGUAUUAUAUUAAGUGAGAUUUUACUUUUACGUCAAGUUUAUCUGAACCCACAUAAAGAAUUAUUCUAAUCUUAGUGAAGCUCUGGAUAACAUCUAAACAUAGCAUAUUACAGAUGAGGAGGAAACCUAAUUUGCAGUGAUGAAUCUUGGAAGAUCAAAGGUUGUCUGUGAACACAGACUAAGAAGUACUUCAUACUGUAUACUAUCGAUCAAGGAAUCUAUCAAGAUUUUUUAAUUCAUGAAGGAUCAUCACCAUCUGAGCUGAACCACUUUCCAAGAGGAAGUUCAUAUAGUACAAACAGUUACUCUAGGAUGUAUGCCUUUCACUUCAACCUGUUUUCCUCAUUGAUUUGUAGUUUAGCCACAUUUGAUAUAUAUUAAACUUGAUGCACUUUA